ACGCCGCGGAUCCAAGCCCGGAUCCCACUCCCCAGCCCCCCCUGCUGCCGCCAGAGGUCGGAGUCACCCCGGAGCAGCUUCUGGAGACCGGAUUUGUCACCGAGGGGUCAACCCCAGCUCCAAACCCUCGGCUCCCACUCCGAAUCCCGGGAUGGAGCCACUGGCUCCCGUCGCCCUCCUGGCCCUGCUGGUGCUGGCACUGGGACAUCCCGACCCUGCGCUGGACCAGCACUGGGAGCUCUGGAAAAAAUCCUACGGGAAGAAAUAUCAGCCCCAGGAGGAUUCACUCCGUCGCCUAACGUGGGAGAAGAACCUGUGGCUGGUGACACUCCACAACCUGGAGCACUCCCUGGGUCUCCGCUCCUACACGCUGGGGAUGAACCACCUGGGGGACAUGACCAGUGAAGAGGUGGCGGCUUCGCUGACGAGGCUCCAGAUCCAUCCUCGUCCCCGUCAGAAUUCUGCAUUCCAAGCAAAAUUCCGCCCAGUCGGUGACAUCCCGGAGGCGCUGGACUGGCGGGACAAGGGCUGCGUGACCGAGGUGAAGAACCAGGGCGCCUGUGGAUCCUGCUGGGCCUUCAGCGCCGUGGGAGCACUGGAAGCGCAGGUGAAGCUGAAAACUGGGAAUUUGGUGUCCCUGAGCGCCCAGAAUUUGGUGGAUUGCUCCGGGAUGUACGGGAACAAGGGCUGCGCUGGGGGGUUCAUGACGGGCGCAUUCCAGUACAUCAUCGACAACGGCGGCAUCGAGUCCGAGGAGUCCUAUCCCUACACGGCUCAGAACGGGACGUGCCACUACAACGCCUCAGCCCGUGCCGCCUCCUGCUCCCGGUUCCUGGAGCUGCCCGAGGGUGACGAGGCCGCACUCAGGGACGCCGUGGCCACCGUGGGCCCUGUGGCCGUGGCCAUCGACGCCACCCGGCCCAGCUUCUUCCUGUACCGCUCUGGGGUGUUCGACGACCCCCAGUGCUCACAGGAGGUGAACCAUGGGGUGCUGGUGGUGGGAUACGGCUCCCUGGAAAACAAAGAAUAUUGGCUGGUGAAGAACAGCUGGGGUGUGCACUUCGGAGACGCGGGAUACAUCCGCAUGGCCCGGAACGCCUCCAACCUCUGCGGCAUCGCCAGCUACGCCUCCUACCCGCUGAUUUAGCCAGACCUGCCCUCCAGACACCAUCCCAAAGCUCCAGUUUUCCAUGGAUUCCAUCCCAGCAGGGAUUCCUCCUCUUCCAGGGUCGUUUCCCAGCACCGUGGGCAUCGUCCGGUGAUUGGAUCCAUGGGCUGGGAGGGGAUCCUGGGCGUGGGAAGUGGGAAUGUCAUUGAUAGGCAUCCAGGGAAUUCUUUUGGGGGGGGGCGCGGAAAUUUGGGGGUUUGGGAGUGGAAUGGCAAUUCCUGCAGGGAUUGGCCACAGGGAUAGCAGGGAUCAGGUACUGGGAUCACAGGGAUCAUUGGGAUCUGGUACCAGGAUCACAUGGAUCACAGGGAUCGGGUACAAGGAUCACAGGGAUCGGGUGCCAGGAUCACAGGGAUCAUUGGGAUCAGGUGCCAGGACCUCAGGGAUCAUUGGGAUUGGGUACCAGGACCUCAGGGAUCACAGGGAUCAUUGGGAUCAGUUACCAGGAUCACAUGGAUCAUUUUGAUCUGGUGCCAGGAUCACAGGGAUCACUGGGAUCACCAUGAUCAUUGGGAUCAGGUACAAGGAUCACAGGGGGAUCGGGUGCCAGGAUCACAGGGAUCAUUGGGAUGGGGUACCAGGAUCAUUUGGAUCACAGGGAUCAGGUGCCAGGACCACAGGGACCUCAGGGAUCACAGGGAUCAUUUGGAUCGGGUACCAGGACCUCAGGGAUCACAGGGAUCGUGGGUUCCUCCCUCCGGAGCUGCUGCGAUGCCGGACAUCGAUUUCCCUCCAUGUGACACUGCUGGAAUUGCGGAUAUUCCAUGGCAAAUAAAAGAUUGCAUUUCGCUGCCUCAAAA